CACAGACAACUUACUUCUCAUUCAUCUCAAAUCGUUCCUGAAUCUCUACCACAUUUUUAUUAUAAUUUAUUCUUAUUCUCAGAACGUUACGAUUGACAAUACUACUCAACCAUCAUCAUUGUCAUCAUAGUCAUCAUUAUCAUCAUUAUCAUCAUUUGGGUUUCUAUAUUUGCCUCUUACUAUCUCAACUACCUCCUAUCAUCUCUCCCCCACCUUAUCAACAACGUAUCUUUCCAUCCCUCUCUCCCCCACUCUAUCCCUCUCUCUCUCUCUCUCUGUAGCUGUUUUCACCGAUCGUUCCCUCCCUUUCUACCAUCAUCUCUUCGUUCUGCUACCCCUUGGCGAGGUGGUGGUCCAGAGCGCAGAGCGCGUCAGCCGUGCGGGAUGCUGAAUCCGAAGGAGAUUCAGUUGUACGCCUGGCUGCUUUGCCACUGUGCUCUCUGUGCGCGUUUCAUAUAGUUCUUAUUUCUCUAUAAGUUAUUAACUGUCAAAUUUUGAUAUAUACAAUUACAGAUUUUUUUUUCUUUUCUUUUCUUUCUCAUCUCUCUCUCUCUCUCUCUUUCUUUUUCUCUCUCUCUCUGUCAUUUUGGUUUGUUUCCCUUUUCUAUUUCGUUCUAUCCAAUUCGUGUAACACACGUUUGUAUUUUUGUACAUCUUUGAUUUCAAUUUUGUAUUCACAUCUUAUUGUUUCUUAUCAACCAACCCCUUGUGUUACCCCCUACCUAAAUCCAUCACCCAACUUGUACCAUUCUCAUUUUCAUUUUGAGUUUUUACUAUUUUUUUUUUGUGUUUUUCUCACGUAUCACGUUUUAUCUAUUCUUGAAAUUGCUUCGCAUAUUCCUCCUACACACACACACAUACACACAUAUAUCGCAAUCUCUUCCGGGUUUUCCCAUCGCCGACGGAUCGAACAAGGAAUGGACUUUUUGUGAAAGAAAAAGGCGUGUACCCCCGACAUCCACGGCUACCGUCACAUUCGGUGGGGGUGCGGGUUGAAGAGAAUAGGACACGAGGAUGGGUGUCUAUGUGAUUGGUAUAGUCGGCGUUAUCGUGUUUUACGUUGCUGUACUCUGCGUUGGUAUUUGGGCUGCGUUUGUUAAAAGAAAGAAAAGUCAACAACAGCAGGGCCAGAAUGAUAUGAUAUUGGCGAAUCGUCGAUUAGGACCGUUGCUCGGAGUCUUCACGCUUGUAGCCACGUGGGUAGGUGGUGCAUACAUAAAUGGUACCGCUGAAGUCAUGUACACGAAGGGUUUACUAUGGUGUCAACCACCAAUUGGUUAUAGUUUGAGUCUUCUAUUUGGUGCUAUAUUAUUUGUAAGGCCAAUGAGAAAAGCCGAAUACGUGACUAUGUUGGAUCCAUUUCAAGAAAGAUACGGUGCCGGAGUAGGCGGAUUAUUAUUUAUCCCAGCAUUAUUUGGUGAUUUGUUUUGGUGUGGAACGGUAUUAAAGGCUUUAGGAAGUUCGUUGGUUGUCAUUGCCGAAGUUGAUCCACAAUUGAGCAUUUGUGCUUCGGCAUUGUUAGCAGUCAUAUACACCGUUUUCGGUGGAUUAUAUUCCGUGGCUUGUACAGACGCUCUCCAAUUGGCCUGCAUAAUUAUAGGAUUAGCUAUUACAGCGCCAUUUUCCGUAUUCCAUCCUGCAACAUCGUUUGAAAAGAAUUUAUCAUCCAGGGAGUGGCUCGGUGAAAUUAAAAAUGAAGAUCUAGCUACGUGGAUUGAUGGCAUGCUUUUACUGGUAUUCGGUGGGAUACCAUGGCAGGGUUACUUUCAACGAAUACUCAGCUUUCGAAGUACUACCGUUGCAACAACGUUAUCGGUAGUCUCUAUGUUUUUCUGUAUAAUACUCGCAGCACCGUGUGCUUUGAUCGGUGUUGUGGCACGUGCAACGGACUGGACGUUAGUCGAGGGUUUGAACAAGACUUUAUAUUUCGAUCCUAAUGCCGCAUUACCUUUUGUGUUGAGGUACUUGACACCACCAUGGGUUUCUUUCAUUGGUCUUGGAGCAAUUUCAGCUGCAAUAAUGUCAUCGGCAGAUUCCAGUAUACUUGCAAGCAGUACCAUGUUUUCAAGAAAUAUUUAUAGACUGACUUUUAGACCAAAGGCAUCGGAAAGAGAAUUAAAUUGGAUAUUACGAAUCUCGAUGCUAAUGGUCUCACUACUCUCUACUAUUUUUGCAUUGAAAGUUGAUAGUAUUUAUUAUCUUUCGUAUCUAUCAUCCGAUCUUGUGUACGUCGUACUUUUCCCUCAGUUAUUAGCGAUCAUCUAUUGGCCAUCGUUGAUCGAUACUUACGGAUGCCUCGCGGGAUACUUUGUUGCUGUUGUAUUACGUGUCGGUGGAGGUGAAGAGGGUUUGGGUAUACCGGCUCUGAUUGAAUAUCCAUUUUACGACAAAGUGACCAGAACCCAGAAAUUUCCGUUCCGUACAACAGCAAUGUUGUCGGCACUUAUCGUGCAGAUAAUCGCUAGUUUCUUUACGCGAAAUCUUCUUGGUAAAGGUUAUUUCCCUCGUUGUUGCGACGUCCUAAGCGUUUAUUCACCUGGAAAGACGAAAGACCAAUCAGGGGUGAUACAAAGUAACUCGGGUGCAGCCUUGAUGGAUUCCUCAUCAGUAAACAAAUCAUUGUCGGGUAUUGAUGCAUGUGAUGGUGUCAGUGGUUGCAAUUAUGAACUGGAUAGAUCUGGAACUAUUAAUUUAAACGAAGAUUUACGUUCUGAGCAACGUUCUUCCGAAAACAACAUUGCUGUUAGCGAUUUUACAAAUAAUGAAACGUUAAGAGGAAACACGGUUGCAUCCGUAAUACAAAGAACCAGUCAAACUAGUCAAAGUUUUCAUGGAAUCUCGAGAAAUGCAAGCCAACCGAUCUCAUUAACUGGUAGGCACGUACAAACGGCAACUAAUCAAUACGUUCCUAUACCGAUCAACGAGGUCAGUGCAACGUGUAGAGGUCAGAUACUUGGUGUUAGGAAUCUUCGAGAUUCAUUGGGUCAAGUACUUUUGCCAGUCGACAACAAUGUCUCUGCGUCUAGUGGGAACGAACUUGGAAAUAUUAAUACGAUACCCUCGAAUACGACAAUACCAGCAUCCAUGUCAAUUGCUUCACCUUAUAAUAAAAUUUGUAAUGAGAGCACAACUACUAAUGAUAAAUUAUUACGUGACUGUGAAAGAACUGCCAAUAGAAAUCCAGUUGAAUUUAAUUUAAAUGCCCAAGACAGUAUGCUAACAAACGUUUGUGGUAAAAAGAACGUUAAGGGUGUCAAAUUGGUCGGUAUGGAUGGUGGAACUUUGAGAAGACCUUCAUUACAAGGUACAUUCUCCCCAACACCAUCCGUAGAACUAGUCCACAUUUUGGACAGACGACAAAGUAGUGGAUCAUACGGUCCUGGUUCUUUAUCACCAGUUCCAAUGGGUAUAGAAGCUUGUAAAACUCAUGGUACUGCACCAGAAGGACACAGCGGGAAUGAACAUUGCAGAAUAAAAAGAGGCAUCGUCAGGCAUCACAGCUUUAACGACACCGGAGACCGUGCACUUACAACAUUGGCCAGACAGCCGACUUAUCCUUCGAUGCCAUUAAGACCCGAGGACUGUCGUAUGACAUUAGUGAAGAAGGACAAGAGGACAGGUACCAUUGCUCGUCAUUCCUCGGUGACGAAUGAAAAGGAACUAGGUGGUUGUACGACCACCGGUGUCGUCAUCUGUAGCCCAACUUACAGUAUGUACGGCUCAGCCGUUAAGAAUUCCAAUUACUUCGUGACCGAUGACGAAGCGGUCAGCAGAUUUUAAAUGAAACGUCGAAGAGAUGACACUAAUUCUGAAACAAACUUAGAAAUAUCAAUGACAAUCGUAAUUAUCUUCUUGUAGGUUAUAUAGGUAACACAUAUUCCUUCCUUAACGCAUUAUCAUUCACUCACAGUCCCAAAUAUUUUUCAUUACUCAUUUGUUUAAGGAAGACAUAUAUAUAUGUAUUCCUUAUAUAUAUAUAUAUAUACAGACACUUUUUACGUUCCAUUAAUUCGUUAGGUCAACGUCAAUUGUAAGAUGAUGAAAACAGUGAUAGAUAAUUCGGCGUUUCGCACGGCUCUGACAUAAGGCUGACGAUGAAUGAUAAUUAUUUUAUUCGUAUUAUAUUAAAAACGCACACGAGCACAUGGCAAAGUGGCAUGCACUGUAUUAUAAAGAGUAAAUACGUAACACGAGCAUUUCUAUCUGACAAAAAGAUACAUGUAACAAAUAGUCCUAGGAUAAUAUACGCGUACAUCUUUGUGUGUUUCAUCAUCAAAUAUAGAAACUGACGUUAAGACAAUCUGACAAUUAGAAAUAUACUAAUUACUAUUCUAAAUAUUCAUAAAAAGAAAUGUCUGUGUUCGUAUGUACCUCGUUAACGUGCAACAAUUCUUACACAUGUAUAUAUAUAUACUUUAUUUAUGAAAAACUUUUUCCUUCUCAUCUGAUCGAUCUUAAAAUCGCGAUAUUCGUCCAAUUAUAGUUAAGCGAUGAUAUUUCAAAAAAAAAAAAAAAA